CUAGGACAACGUCAACUGCCCACGCUUCUGUACAGUGCUCAUUCUAUUAUAUUCGCUCUCGCACCGCUCCUCGCGUUCUCAAGGACAACACAAUGACACCUGCCACUUCCUCUCCGUUGCAAACGGUUACCGCUGAAUGGUACGCGAAGCCUCACUCGAGCUUUUCCAAAGAUGCCUUUCUCUCUUCUCUUCAGCAACAGCAGGUCUCCGGCCUCGCCUCUACCCUGGACCGCAAACUCGCCAAGCUGCUGGACGAGCAAGAUUCACUCGCUGUGCUCCGUCAAGAAUAUCAUCUCCCCACGAUGCAGGAUAUUGGCGUGGCAGCGACGUCGGCUUCCUCUUCUCAACAGAGGGAAACCUCUCCCGUUCCGACUAGUCUCGAUCAAUCUGCUUUGUAUCUGUGCGGCAACUCGCUGGGCCCGCUUCCCAAACGCAGCAAGCAGCUGCUCUAUGAGGAGAUCGACGUAUGGGGUUCGCGUGGCGUACUGGGCCAUUUCGACCACCCCCUGGGCCGACCGUGGGCAAAGCAGGAAGAAAAAGUGAAGACAUUGAUGAGUGAUCUUGUUGGCGCCAAGCCGGUUGAAGUCGCCGUGAUGGGAACCUUGACGCAAAACAUUCACAACAUCAUUUCGACUUUCUACCGUCCUCACACACAUCACCAAGGCGUUCAGCAGCUCUUGAACUCUCAAGAACAAAAUUCUGCUGCUCCUCAGCAGGCACCGCGACGCCACAAGAUCGUAUACGAGAAGAAAGCGUUUCCCUCUGACGUCUAUGCACUAGACUCGAUCGUCCGCCUUUCGGGCUUCGAUCCCGCUACUUCACUUGUACCACUUGCACCACGGGAGCAAGAGGGAGAGUUGACGUUGCGCACAGAAGAUGUGCUACGGGAAGUCGAGCGCCUCGGUCAGGAGGGCGAGACGGCCAUAAUCAUGCUCGCUGGUAUCCAGUACUACACUGGGCAAUGGUUCGAGAUGAAGAAGAUCACUGAAAAGGCAAAGCAAUAUGAUAUAAUCGUCGGGUGGGACCUCGCGCACGCCUUUGCCAACGUCCCCCUCGCCCUACAUGAUUGGGGGGUCGACUUUGCCAUCUGGUGCACGUACAAGUAUGGCUCCUCCGGUCCCGGCGGCAUCGCUGGCCUGUUCGUGCACGAGCGCUGGCACAGCUUAUCGUACGAGCAGCUCUCACGCCCGGCAGGCUGGUACGGCCAUGAGCGUAGUACGCGCUUCGCCAUGCCGCCCGUGUUCAAGCCGGAGCAUGGCGCAGCGGGCUGGAUUGUGAGCAACCCCUCUGCGCUCGAUAUCGUCGCGCUGCAAGGGAGCCUUGAGACGCUCGGCAAGGCACCUGCAUUGGCAGGCAUGCAACCAUCGACUGCAGCAGGCUCAAAUCAGCAAACUUCAGUAGGCGAGGGGAAGAUCAUGCCCAUCCUGCGCAAUCGCAGCUUGCGCCUCACAGCAUACCUCGAGCACUUGUUGCUCUCCGAAGAAUUCCUGCCCAAAAGCCUCGGCGUGUCCAUCGUCACACCUGCGGAUCCGCAUCAGCGCGGCAGCCAGCUCUGCAUCCGCAUCCCGGACCCUGCGUCCCCUGCGUCGUGCAAUCGCGCUAAUGGCAGUAGCACCGACACGAGCGUCAACGGCGAUGUGCCGCCUCCGAUAGACGGGCGCACGCUCGUCGCAAGGGCGCACAAGAAGGCCGAGAAGGAGUACGGCCUCGUGGCGGAUAUCCGUAACCCCGACAUGCUGCGGAUGGCGCCGCUUGCGCAAUACAGCAGCUUUGAGGACGUGUGGCGUGCUGCAAACGCUAUCAGCCAUGCGAUUAAGGCUGAACUGCAAGCUUAGAAAACAAAAUGUGUUUCCUUCCAUCUAGAGUCACGGGUUACGGCUGAUUGUAGCAAAGCAAUAGAAUCACAGUAACUGAGUGCAUUGUAUGCUUGC